UUCUUUUUUUUCUCUCUUCAGUUUCUCUCUGAAGCCAAAACAAGAUAAAGUAUUGAGAGUGAAGACGCAAAAAAGAUGAAGUGAAAAACAAAAUCCUUGAACUCUCUCUCUCUCUCUCACUCUUCUUUGUGUUUUCUUCUUCUGAUUUUGUAAUAAAAAUGGAAACGAAAGACAAAACCGUGAUGUACGGAGAUUAUCAAGUGAUGAAGUCUAGCGAAGAUGUUUCAUAUUCCGAUUCCGACAAGAUUUUCGGUUCAACCUCUUCUUCGUCUCCGACAGCAACAAUCCAAAACCCUAAUCUCAAGUUUACUGCUUUCGAUAACCUUAAUUUUCCUUACAUGACACCGAAAGAAGAAGAGUACGGGGUGAUGAGCAUGAUCGGAAGCGGGUCGGGUGUGUCAACCGGGUCGGGUCAUCAUUACCUGGUGGAGACUACUGCAAUCGAAGAAGAGUCCUCUGCUGCUAAGAAGAGUCGUUACCAUAGGCACACUGUUCAUCAGAUUCAAGAAAUGGAAGCAGUGUUUGAAGAAACUUCUUAUCCGAGUGAAAACAAAAGAUUGAGAUUAAGUGAAGGACUUGGUCUCACGCCUCUACAAGUCAAGUUUUGGUUUCAAAACAAACGUACCCAAAUCAGGGCACAACAAGACAGAAGAGCUAAUGUAAUGCUGAAAGCAGAGAACGAUACUCUUAAAAUUGAGAGUCAAGAACUUCAGUCAAGUUCACAGUGCCUCUCUUGCUCUUCUUGUGGCAACAACCUCCGCCUCGAAAACACUCGCCUCCGCCAAGAGCUUGAUCAGUUACGCCGCAUCGUUUCGAUGAGGGUCGACCCUCCUCCUCCUUCACAAGAGAUUGCCUGUUUCUUCCCGGAGACUGAUAACAACGACGACGUGUUGAUUGCAGAAGAAGAAAAGGCUAUUGCGAUGGAACUUGCAGUUUCUUGCUGUCAAGAAUUAAUUAUCAUGUGUGAUGUCAAUGAGCCCUUGUGGACUAAGAAGAGAUUAGACAAUGAGAGUGUGUGUCUGAACGAGGAAGAGUAUAAGAAGAUGUUCUUAUGGCCUCCAAUGGAUGAUGAUGAUCGUUUUCGCAGAGAAGCUUCAAGAGCUAAAGCAGUUGUCAUGAUGAACAGCAUGACCCUCGUCAAAGCAUUCCUUGAUGCUGAUCAGUGGUCAGAACUGUUCUGCCCGAUAGUGUCAAGCGCCAAAUUGAUUCAGGUCAUAUCUUCUAAAGUGUCUGGAACAAAUGGUUCUCUUCUUCUGAUGUAUGCAGGGUUACAAGUAGUAUCUCCAUUACUACCAACAAGAGAAGGUUACUUUCUUCGAUAUUUGGAGCGAAAGGCGAAAAAAGUAAAAUGGAUAAUUGUAGAUUUCCCGAUCGAAAGCUUCCGCGGUUUUGUCAAACCAGCUUCAACUGCUGCUACUACUACUAUUGGACUAUACCGGAGAAAACCUUCUGGUUGCAUCAUUCAAGAAAUGGCUAACGGAUACUCUGAGGUCACAUGGGUAGAGCACGUGGAAGUAGAAGAGAAGCAAGAACAGGACGAGGUGGUUAAAGAGUAUGUGAAGAGCGGUGUAGCCUUUGGCGCUGAACGAUGGCUAGCUGUGUUGAAGAGACAGUGUGAAAGGAUGGCUAGUCUCAUGGCUACAAACAUCACUGACCUUGGAGUGUUUUUUUUGUUUUUUUCAGUGAUACCUUCUGUAGCAGCGAGGAAGAACUUGAUGAAGCUGUCACAGAGAAUGGUGAAAACUUUUUGCCUGAACAUAAGCAAUUCGUACGGACAAGCAUCAACAAAGGACACAGUGAGAAUCGUAACCAGGACAGUUAGUGAUGGUUUUGUUCCUUGUGCCGUGUCAGUCACGUAUCUUCCUUAUUCUCAUCACAAAGUCUUUGAUCUUCUCCGUGACAAUCAACGUCUCUCUCAGCUGGAGAUCUUGUUCAAUGGGAGUUCAUUUCAAGAAGUUGCCCAUAUCGCUAAUGGAUCACAUCCUGGAAACAACACCUCUCUUCUUCGGAUCAAUAUGGAGAGCAACACAUGGCAUAAUGUAGAGUUGAUGCUUCAAGAAACUUGCACCGAUGACUCCGGCAGUCUCCUCGUGUUCUCCACCGUCGACGCCGACGCAUUUCAGCUCGCUAUGAACGGCAAGGAUCCUUCUAACAUUCCUCUUUUGCCCGUGGGGUUCUCUGUUGUUCCAGUGAAUCCAUCCGAUGGCGUCAAGGGCACUUCUGUGAAUUUGCCUUCGUGCUUUCUCACCGUUGCAAUACAGGUCUUGGUGAAAAACACCUCCGGCGCCGAUGCAAAACUAGAUCUUUCCACUGUCUCCGCCAUCAACAACCGUAUUUGCGCCACUGUCAACCGUAUCACAUCCGCGCUGGUGAACGACGUCAGUAAUUAAGGGAACAUUUGGAGGGUAUUUUGGUAAAUAUUGCGCAGCUAAAAAACUUGAUUAGGUAAUGUAAUUUUGGUCGACGAGGGUAAAUUCGAUCCGGUAUAAAGGGUAAAAACAGUAGUUUUACUACCUUAAUUUUUGGGGGAGUCAAGAACGAACCUAAGGCAUGAUGACAUUUUUUGGUGAAUCGGGUUUUACCCGGUUUUAAAAAUGCUUGACUGGUUCGGGUAUUGACUUACAAACUUGGAUAAACCAUAACGGUUUGGUUUGGUAUUAUGGUUUUGUUCUUUUUGUUGCAAGUUUAAUGCUAAUAUUAUUAUUAUGUCUUAA